AUGGAUGCAGCAAAGAAAGAAGAUUUACUUCAGAAACAGAAACAAAAAUACUGUGGUAAUAAAAGUAAAAGCAUGGAUUCAUGCAUUGAUACAUUUAAAAAGAAAAUUAAGGAAGGUCCAUAUUAUAUAUGUUGUGUGUGCAAUAGGAUGCUCUACAAGAAAUCUGUAUUGCAAUUGAUCUCAAAUAGGUACCCUUCUCACCAUCUUUUUCAUGUGCAAAUAUCAUUUGAUACAAGAAUUUAUAUCUGUAACACAUGUCACUUAAAAGUUAUUCAAGGAAAGGUUCCAUGUCAGUCAACUGUAAACAAUUUAUGUGUUGAUGAUGUACCAACUGAACUUGAAAGUCUUAAAAAACUAAAGCAAAUUAUAAUAGCACAGUGGAUUGUAUGUGAAAAAAUAGUAGUGAUGCCCAAGGGACAACAAAGAAAGAUUAAAGGAGCAAUUUGUAAUGUACAAGUUGAUUGUGAUCAAACAUGUAACAUAUUGCCUCGUCCCCCUGAAAGAUCUCGUAUUAUUCUUUUGAAAUUGAAAAGGAAAAAUUCAGUUUAG